UGGAGGAUGGCGGAAUACGCUCACGGAAUCACCGUGGUGGGGGACUGGUCAUCUAUAAACCCCAAAACAGUCCAAACUAAACUACAGCUUUACUUUCAGAGUAAGAAGAAAUCACAAGGAGGAGACUGCGAAGUUCAGUGUGGCGACCGGAAAGCGACUGUUCUCUUCAAAUGCCAACUCACACGAGAUAAUGUUCUCUCUAAAAAAAAACAUAACUUAACAAUUGAUAAUCAGGUUUUGAAACUAAAUGUGUUUGAACUAUCCAGUGCAGCAGAGGGUCACACAGAACAGCCUGGAAAAUCAACUGGAACAGGAAGUGAUGUCGCGCAUGGCUCUCAGCAGACGGCUGUUCAGAGUACAACCAAUGAAGCAGCUUCCAGGGUUAGCUUGGGGGCCCCUCCAAAGCCCAGUGCUGUGGUACUGGAGAAUCUGCCAGUUCACUUUAGCAGAGAGUACCUUUUACUUUUUGUGGAAAACCUCACUGAUGUUUCAGAAGAGAACAUUAUUUUGGAGUUUAUUCCAGAAUCAAACACUGCAGUUAUAACCUUCAAUGACCCCAAUGCUGCAGAGAUGUGUAUUAAAGAGACCAAAACUAAAAAUAAGUUCCAACAGAAAGGUAUUACAGUUCAGGUUCUGGAACAAAGCAGAAGUGUUAAGGUAGAAAACCUGCCUCCUCAGUCCAACAAUGAGUGGUUAGAACUUUACUUUGAAAAAUGGGGUGGAGAUGUGGAGAAUAUCACCAUUAUUCCAGAGGAGCAAGCUGCCAUUGUUACUUUUGAAGAGCAAGAAGCAAAAAAACAUACUUUUUACAACACAACAGUCAAUGUAUACAUAUACUACCAGUCUUUGGGAACUGCUUUGUAUGGCAAAAACAGACCAACAUGGACACUUCCAACACCUUUCACAGAAAAGCUCCAUCCUGCCAUUAGAGAAUUCCUUUAUAGGAAGGGGCUAAUAUCCUCCAUCUGUAACCAGAUGAUGUUACAACACUGCCAGGUGAACAUGGAUAAAGAUGAAGUCCUGCUCAGCCCUCUGUCUUCACUUCUGAAAAGAAAGGGUAUAACCAAUAAACACAUACAGUAUGACUGGGAAGAAAACACCAAAGGUGCCUUCAGGAACAUCCUUUCCAACUUUGCUCAAUUUGAGUAUUCAAUUACUCCCUCUUUGUGGCCAGAAGUAGAGAAGGACAUUCGGUCAACAGUCCAAGAUAAAGCCUUCUUGGACAUGAAUACCUUAACAGGAAAUUUGGCACUUGCAGGAACAGCUAAAGACAUUAACAUUCUGAAACCAAUUCUGGAUGAUUUUUUAAAGAAAGCAUCAAGUCAGUUGAAAAAAAAAAAGACCUGUAUCUCAGAGAGCAUGAAUAUGUCUCCUGCAACGUUCUUUUUGCUUCAGCAUGAGGGACUUACACAUGCUGCAUCGAAAUAUCCACAACUGGAACUCGACUACAAAAAAGACACAAAUCAGUUAAUAUUCAAGGGCCUCAAAUUCGAAAUUGUCGACAUUAAGAAUUGGAUCUUGGAGAAGCAACAUGAAAUGAAAGAUAAAACUAUAAAAAUGGACCCUUCAUUACUGGAGUUCCUGAGAUCAAUGGACUGGGAGGAGAUGUCAGAAGAUUUGUUUACAUCCAAAAAAAAUGGUGCUGUUUACAAAUUUGAAAAUUGGGACAUGGUUUUGACUGGAAGUACAGACAAAGCCCUGACUGAGGCUGAGAAACGACUGGAAAUGAUGUUGACAUUCCAAGACAUCUCUCUAGAUGACCCAGAAGUGGUUAAAAAACCUGAAUGGCAAGUUCUUACGAAUCAGAUGUGCAACAUUUACAACUCAUCCAGGAAGAAGACUGUUCUAAUAAAAUCCUCCAAUCACAAAAACAAAAUCAUAGUUUGUGGCUUUAAGGAUCCUGUCCUAGAAGUCAGCAAGAACCUGGAAACAUUUAUUAAUACACACUCAAGAAUCAAUGAGGCCAUUCGUGUUAAGUCACAUGCAGUGGUGAAAUUCAUCAAUGAGAAGAAGUCACAAGAGUGGCAGAAAUUUAUGAAGUCUGGUGAAGUAAAAAUAGAUUUUGAAACAAAAAAGCCCUUGAUUCGAGUGUAUGGAGAGCAAGUCCAUGUUCAACCAGCUCUGAAGUUUUUACAAAACUUGGCAGAAACUCUUCACUCUGAAAAAAUGACAGUUAAAAAGGCAGGAGUCAAAAAGUUCUUUCAGGAGCAGGGAACCAUGGUUUUAAUGAUGAAGGAGCAUAGAUUUCUGGUUUUGCUUGAAGAGGACUAUAUGGAAGAUGAAGAUGAGCAUGAUUAUAGUGAAGGUAAUACAGUGAAAGACUUUGGAAAGACUUUCUGUGAGGUUCGGACACCUAGCGGGAUCGUCAUUACAGUCAAGAUGGGUGAUAUCUGUAAGCUGAAAGUAGAUGCUGUAGUCAAUUCUACCAACGAGGAACUACAGCAUAUUGGUGGUUUAUCAUUAGCACUCCUAAAAGCUGCUGGACCAUCUUUACAACAAAUCAGUAAUCAACAUGCUGCUUUAAAUGGGAAACUGAAACCAGGAAAAGCUAUUGUUACAAAAGCAGGCCACCUUCCAUGCAAAUGCGUAGUGCAUGCCGUAGGUCCACGAUAUCACCAUAUGGACAAAUCUACUGCUGUGAAGACACUGAGAAAAGCUGUGAGGGAAAGUCUGAACCAGGCUGCUUCAAACAACUGCACCUCUAUUGCAGUCCCUACCAUCAGCUCGGGUAUAUUUGGCUUUCCUCUUGAGCUCUGCACUGAGACAAUCGCUAAGGAACUACGUGAUUAUACCCAGAACCGCCAAGGUGGCAAAAAUACACUGAAUGAGAUCCACUUGGUAGACAACAGUCCUAAAACUGUGAAUGCCAUGACUCAGGCUGUUAAGAAAGAAUUUGGAGACUUAAAUCCCAAAACGACCUUUCCACAGCAAAUGUCAUCACAUCAAGGCCAUGGCAGACAGGGUCAGGAAUAUCAAGACCGAAGUAAUAAUCAACAUGGAGCUCGAGGCAGUAGUCCAAGAAGUGGUGAUACACGAGUAUACAUGGACACAGAAUCUGAGGGGUUUGAACUUAUAGAUACGCCAAAGAGACAUAAGCCAAGCACAUCACUCAGAACACAACAUAAACAGGUUCUUCAAACUCAGAACACACAAGAGGGGCUAAAAAUCCUUCUCCAGGAAGGGAAUAUCCAAGAUGCAGUUUCUGAUGUGAUUGUCAACACUGUCUCAAAAGACUUGGACCUUAGCCACGGUGCCGUAUCCAGUGCUCUCCUACAGGCUGCUGGUCCUCAAAUUCAGUUAGAAGCUUAUUCUAAUUUUAUGGCAUCUGGAUCUUCUGCUCUGACUUAUGGAGCCAUGUUGGUCACUGAUGGUUAUGAUUUAAAUUGCCAAAGAGUCUUUCAUACUGUUUGUCCAUACUGGAAAGGAGGGGCUGAAUCGGGAGAUGAGAUACUGAAAAGAAUCAUUCAAAACUGCCUUAAAAGAGCUGAGAACCAGAAAAUGGCUUCUAUUUCUUUUCCAGCCAUUGGUACAGGGAACCAUGGCUUUCCCAAAGAUCUUGUCUCCAACAUUCUGCUCCGUGAGAUUCAUGCCUUUAGUUCCAGAGUCCAACCUCAGAACCUUAAUGAGGUGACUGUGAUUGUUCAUCCUGCAGACCAGGAGACUGUACAGUGCUUCAUUAAGAGCUUCAAUGGUGGGUGGCAGCGUCCCAUCAUAACAGGAACACGUGUUUUUCAGCAGCAUUCAACCAAACAAGCACCAGCUGCAUCUUCUGCACAGCCUACUGGAACAAUUAACACUCUCACCACUUUUUUGGGGAGUGGUGGUACAGAACCAGGUGUAAAGCAGGAAGAAUUCAUGAUGGUGAGCGAGGAUUUUGAGCCUGUUGUGUUUCAGCUGUGUGGAGAAAGCAAAGAGGACCUGACUGAAGCACGAAAGCUGAUCAACGGCAUCAUCUUAAGAGAACACAUAAGCUCGAGCGUCCAGGACUCGGCCAUUAACUUUUUAAGUCAAGAGGAAGCAGAUGUCCUGCAUGAGCUGCAGAGGGAGCUUACGGUUAGCAUCCACCUCUCAAAAAAAGGCCCAGAGCCAGAGAUCACCCUGGAGGGCAUAACACGAGAUGUGAUGAAAGCUGAGAAUCGCGUUCGUGACAUGAUCCGCAAAGCGAAGAAACGAGUAAUGCGCAGACGUGACGCCACUAUACUGAGCACCAAGGUGGAGUGGCAGUAUGAGGACAUCAGUAAGAACUUUGAUCUGGAGGAAGCAUGCAACAUGAGGAAAAGUGUUGACAUCUUCAUCAAUAAUGAGCCAUUUAAUGCCAUUUUAGACAAAAAAGUGGCAAUUGGCAGGUCAAGACAGAUUAAAUUAAAAAGGACUACACCUGCAGAUCAAACUUUGCCUCAGAACUGGACUGACAUGAAAGGAGCGUUGGUUCUACGGGUCCCAAUUCAACAAGGCACACCUGACUAUACAUUUGUGGAAAAUGAGUUCAGAAAGACAGGACUGACAUUGAAUAUCCUAACUAUUGAGAGAAUCCAGAAUGAAACUCUGUGGAGGAACUACAUAAACCAGAAAGCAUUCCUGGAGAGAAAGAACAACCACCAGAAAAAUGAGAAGCUGCUUUUCCAUGGCACCGGUUCUGAUAAUAUUGAUAAGAUCAAUGACCGAGGUUUUAAUCGCAGCUUCGCUGGAACACACGGGGCCAUGUUUGGGAAUGGUGUGUAUUUUGCUGUUGAUCCAGCUUACUCAGCCCAGGGCUAUGCCAAGCAAGAUCGUCUGGGUCAUAAGCGCAUGUAUUUGGCUCGAGUGUUGGUUGGCCAUUACACCACAGGGAAACCAGGUCUUCUUGCACCUCCAGCUAAAAGCUCCUUAAAAUCGGACUUGUACGACAGUGUCACCAAUAAUCAUAGUAAUCCAACUAUGUUUGUGAUCUUUCACGAUGUGCACGCCUACCCUGAAUAUUUAAUCACAUUCAAGUAAAAAUGCUACCACUUCUAAUCUAUGCAAACUAUUUGUGAUUUCUGUCAAAUGAAAUGUCUUUUUUUGUGGCUGUAAAAGGCCAACCUGGGUUAAACAAUUAAGCACAUGUAAAUCACAAUUUAAAUCUUAAAGUCACAAAUCUGUUCACAGUUUAUAAUGUGUCAUGGAUAAAAUCACUGAACCAGCAUGCAGAAAUAACAUAAAAUAACACAGGAGCUGACACAUUAACAUAUUGGCAUUUUCAAAAUGGGUGUUAAUAAGCAAUUCAUAAAUCAAUUAGAUGGUAGGUAAAGAAUAAUCAAUGAUCAGGAAUAAUUAAAGGAUUAAUAAGAUUGCACAGCCAGACAGUUAUAUUGCACUGUAUGUUGUUGCCUUGAAGGUUUUUAUUUUCCAAUAAUGAUCAGCUGACUUUAUUACCUAUUGCUAGUCUCUGAAUAAAUUAUUAAUUUUACACAUAAUACUCAGUUUUAGUAUCUGUGUAAGGAAAAUGGCAAAUGCUGUCAUAUUUAACUAAAUAAUGCAACUUUAUGCAACCAAAAUGCAGCAAUUGUGAGGUUAAAUCUUACAUAUUCAGGCUUACUCAGGUAAUAACCAGAUAUAUUGGGUAUGUCCGCUGCAAUUCUGUGGUAAUGUAGUUGGACGUAGGAUGUCUAUCUAGUUCUGCACCAAGAUAAGCAUGUUUUAUAUGUUCCUUUUGUGUCUUUGUGAGCUUUGUCCAGGCCCUGUGAUGGAUUGGCACACUGUACGGGGUAUUUCUGCCUUGCACCCAGUGCUGAUGGAAAUAUACAUUAUUAUUAUUAUUAUUAUUAUUAUUAUUGAUCAUGGUGGUGGACUAAACUUACUUCUUCUGCUAUGCAAAACUUCAUGUUUCCACAAGAGGGCAGACAGGUUAAAAACACAAGCCUAAAUAAUAACCCUGAAUUUUGUAUUUAUAAAACAAACGAUUAAAAUCUGAA